UAAUAUUUGGUUUGAUUCUUCAGAUCAUGCAACGUGAUUAUGGAGUUCUGCUAAUGAGUCAAUUUACAUUGUAUGGGUUCUUGAAGGGUAACAAACCAGACUUCCAUGUUGCAAUGCCACCACAGAAAACUAAGCCUUUCUAUGAAUUUUUGGUUGAGAAAUUCAGAAAAGCUUAUAAACCAGAUGCAAUAAAAGAUGGAGUAUUUGGAGCAAUGAUGAAGGUUAGCUUGGUCAAUGAUGGACCGGUAACGAUGCAGCUGGAUUCAUCACAACCAUCAAAGCGAGUAUCACCAACCUUAGUGAUAUCUGUGAUUGAUUAAUAAACUCAUUUCCAUGGCCAA